AUGAAUAUGGCUGAGACGGGUACAAAAGAAAACCCAGAUAUUGUUAAACCUGGUAGCUGGCAGGAAUUUGUUAUCACAUCAGGAGAAAUCUGUUGUAUUGCCGCUGUCAUUCUCUCUAUGAUCUUCAUAUUGUUUGAUUCGUUGCGGACGAGUUAUCCAGUGAAUAUCGUUGUUAUCAUGCUGUUAGUGAUCCUGUGGACUUUUGGUACAUCUUCAAUCUUUGCACAACUUCCAUGGAAGUAUCUUUUAAUGUUACUUGGUCCAGCAACUGCAGUGCUGCUAAUAGUAAUACUUCUACCUGUUCUAUUGUUACCUAUCAUAUUUUGGACUUUGGCGUCAAUUUUCGCUAUAAUAGCCACUGUACAAUUCUGCCAAUACGUAAUAAAAUGCUCAAUGACGCUUCUAAUGUUCAUACUAUGGUUCGAAACGAUACUGACAUGUAAUACAUUGGCCUUAGCACUCAUAAAGCUUUUAGAAAAAACUGGAAUAAACCCAACUAACUCUUCCCCAUCUGCUAAUUUAAAUUUGUAA